AUGGAACAACGACGCCAAAUGCGAAAGACAGGUGCUAGUGAGGUACUCUUAGAAGUACAGAUGAAAGAGAAAGUCACCAGGGAAUUCUUUCAGCAGGACUGGUCCCUCAUAUUAUCCAAAUUUCAGUUGAAGGCCGAUGACGAUCCGAGGCUUGUUGGCCUCUUGCCAAUGAUUAAGGACGAAGGGCUCUUGGAAGCGCAGCUGAGACGCUUGCUUGCAUCCAGACAUCUAGCACUGAAAGAAGAGCGUUGGUUACAGGAAAACUUACCCUGGCCGCCCGAUAAUAUCGCCUCAAUUCCGAACGCUUAUCGCCGGGGCCCUGAUUUUCUCAGAAACGAGGGCUUAUCGGGACAUAUUCAGUACGCAGCAGUGAAUGGCCUCAGUCUGGGCCAGCGGUCUCGGAGACUUGAAAAUGAUGUUCGCAGCGAAGGUAUCGCAUUUGCGCUACUCCCCGUCUUCUCCAAACUGUCCCACUUGGACUCGAGCCAAGAAAAGGAACUCAACAAGAAAUUACAAGAUGAGAGAACCGGGUUCUGGAAGUGGAACCCGUCUAUAAUCUACCAUGAAAGGAAAUACGUCCGACCGUCUAAUGCUAUCCCCCAUCGGUACAGUGGAGUAUCCUACCCAGAGGAAUAUGCAGCCUUCCGGAGGGGUUAUGUUGCAUCGAAGGGCGCCUCGCAAGAUGAAUAA